CCUGCCACCGGCAUCUCCCCGGCUCCGCACCUGGGCUGGGGGAGGCGGCGGUGCCGCGCUGCCCUUCGCGUCUCCUCUGCGGGGACGCUGUUUGUCCCCGCUGUCGCCUUCCCCGCCGCCUGCCGCACACCGGGGCCGCCCAACCCCGCCGCUACCGGAGCCACCGGAGCCGCGCGGAGCCCCCCGAGCUCCGCCACCGCCGAUGCCACCGGCGCGGGGCGGCUGGCACGACUGGCACAGCACGGGCACAGCCCUCGCCCCCCCCCCGCUCCCCCUGCCCCUCGGGGCCGCCCCGGUGUCCCCGCUGUCCCCGGGCAGCGCGGCGGUGGCAGCGGGGCCAUGCCCGCAGCCGGGAGCGGGCGCUGAGCCGGGCGGGCCCCCGGGACCAUGCUGAAGUUCCGGGCGGACCGGAGGGUGAGCCACAAUGAAAGGCGGAACACCUUCCUGCACCCAGUGACGGGACAGGUCCCCGAGGACACCUCAAGGCUUGACUUGCCAAAACACGGCUCGGACAUGUCCAGCAAGGCGGGCAGCAAGCGGCCGGCCACCGUCCCCAGCGAGCCCCCCAACCACGCCAUGGUGGCCGAGGUGCCCCCGGAGCGCCCCGGAGGCCGGGCCCCGCGCCCAUCCCGCAAGGGCAUCGCCUUCGGGAAGCGCUCCAACUCCAUGAAGAGGAACCCCAACGCCGCUGUCACCAAGAGCGGGUGGCUCUACAAGCAGGCCAGCUCGGGGGUGAAGCAGUGGAACAAGCGCUGGUUCGUGCUGGUGGAUCGCUGCCUCUUCUACUACAAAGAUGAGAAGGAGGAGAACAUCCUGGGCAGCAUCCCCCUGCUCAGCUUCCGCGUGGCCGCCGUGCAACCCUCGGACAACAUCAGCAGGAAGCACACGUUCAAGGUGACGGUGUGCUGGGUGCAGGAGCUGCCGGCGGGUAACGGGCAGUCCCUGUCUCCUCCCCAGGCCGAGCACGCCGGCAUCCGCACCUACUUCUUCAGCGCCGAGAACACGGAGGAGCAGGAGUCCUGGAUCCAGGCCAUGGGCGAGGCCGCCCGCGUGCAGAUCCCGCCCAGCCAGAGGCACGAGAAGCCAGACUCGGAGAACAUCCCCCCCAGCAAACACCACCACCACCACCACUGCAACGCCGCCCACCGCGAGCACCCCAAGGCCGAGCCCGACACCAAGACCCGCGGGGAGGGCGACGGCCGCGGCUCCGAGAAGAUGGAGCGGAAGCCGUCGGAGCGGGCGGACGCCAAGAAGGAUCCUCUGGCCAAAACCAACGGCCUGGUUGGGCAGGAGCCGCCCUCGGAGCCGGGCAGUCCCUACCCCGAGGGGCCGCGGGGGCCGGCGAGCGCCGAGCGGCCGGCGCAGCCCAAUGGAUGGCCGUACCCCUCGCCCAGCCGGCCCGGCAGCACCGCCUUCCCCCCGGCGGGGGACGGUGACAGCGGGGCCCAGCGCCGCGGCGUCACCCCCAGGUCCCACCCCGAGAAGGUGGCCCAGCGCAAGAGCUCCAUGACGCAGCUGCAGCAGUGGGUGAACUCGCGCCGCGCCACCGCGGCCCCCGAGGAGCUGCGCAGCCCCACCAGGUUUUACCCCGUGUCCCGCCGAGUGCCCGAUUACUACUCGCCCUACUCACCCCAGUACCCCGAGGAGUACCAGUACUACCCGCCGGGCGUGCGCCCCGACAGCAUCUGCUCCAUGCCCGCCUUCGACCGCGUCAGCCCGCCGUGGGCGCUGGAGGACAAACGCCACUCCUUCCGCAACGGGGCUCCCUUCCACGCCGCCUUCGGCCGCCAGGACGUCCCGCUGUGGCUGCCGGCGCCCUCCAGGCCGCCCAGCUACCUGGACGAGGUGGACGCGGCGUCGGGCUCGCUGCGGAGGAUGUCGCUGCAGCCGCGCUCGCGCUCGGUGCCGCGCUCGCCCAGCCAGGGCUCCUACGGCCGCGCCAGGGUUUACUCGCCCGUGCGCUCGCCCAGCGCCCGCUUCGAGCGGCUGCCGCCCCGCGGGGAUGAGAUUUACGCCGACCCCGCCACGUUCGUGAUGCGCAGGUCCAUCAGCUCGCCCAAGUACGAUUACCUGGGUGACAGGCGGCCCGUCCCGGCCGGGAUGUACCCCUACCACUUCCCGGCGUCCCCUUCCAUCCACGACAAAAUGGAUGAACUUUUAGACCUUCAGUUGCAAAGAAACCUAGAAUAUUUGGACCAGCAGAUGAGCGAGAGCGAGACCCUCAUCACUAUGGUGAACAGGAUGGUGGAGACCUCCUCCCCUAGGGCCCAGCUCUACAUGCAAGUGACGCCGUUCCCGGAGCCCUACAGGGACGCCCUGCACCCCUACAAGAUCAGCGAGCAGGACACCGAUAAGCUGCUGGGGAAGCUCUGCGAGCAGAACAAGGUGCUGCGGGAGCAGGAGAGGCUGGUGCAGCAGCUCCGCGCUGAGAAGGAGAGCCUGGAGAGUGCCCUGAUGGGGACCCACCAGGAGCUGGAGAUGUUCGGGAGCCAGCCCGCCUACCCGGAGAAGCUGCUGCACAAGAAGGAAUCUCUGCAGAACCAGCUCAUCAACAUCAGGGUGGAGCUGUCCCAGGCCAGCACGGCCCUGGCAAACAGCACGGCCGAGUACGAGAGCCUGGAGAGCGAGGUGUCCACCCUGCACGAUGACCUCUGGGAGCAGCUCAACCUGGACAUCCAGAACGAGAUGCUCAACCGGCAGAUCCAGAGGGAGAUCUGGAGGAUCCAGGACGUGAUGGAGGGGCUGAGGAAGAACAACCCCUCCCGAGGCACCGACACGGCCAAGCACCGAGUGGCCCUGGGCCCCUCGGGCACGUACAGCUCCAACAGCCCUGCCAGCCCCCUGAGCUCUGCCAGCCUCACCAGCCCCCUGAGCCCCUUCUCCCUCAUCUCCGGCUCCCAGGGAUCGCCCACCAAGCCCGGCCCUGGCGAGGAGCCGGGCCCGCCUCGACCUCCCCUCCCCAAGUCCUACGUGCCCCUGGAGUCUCCUCCGGCCGUUCCUCCGCUCCCCAGCGAGAGCCGCCUCUGGCCCUACCCCGCCUCCCCCUCCUGGCACCAAGGAGAGGCCAAGCGGGGACAGCCCAAACCAGGCCUGGAGCAGAGCAAGAAGGAGCCUCCCAGGCCCAGCCCCCCAGGCCCCACGCCCGAGGGGCUCCCACAGACCCGCCCGGAGCACGACGGUGACAAACAGGCGGCUCUCAACAAGGUGGGAAUCGUCCCCCCCAGGACCAAAUCUCCAGCGGAGGAGGAGGCGGUGCCCAGGAGGAACGGGCUGGCCAACGGGCUCAGCUCCCGGGAGAGACCCAAGAGCGCCGUGUUCGCCACCGAGACCAAGGUGAAGAUGAGCGUGGAGGAGCAGAUCGACCGCAUGAAGCGCCACCAGAGCGGCUCCAUGAAGGAGAAGCGGCGCAGCCUGCAGCUCCCCAGCCCACAGCAGCUCCCCGGCCCCCAGCCCGACACUUCCAGCACCAAAACCCCCUCGUCCUACAAGGUGGUGCGGCGGCACCGCAGCAUCCACGAGGUGGACAUCUCGGACCUGGAGGCCGCGCUGCGCUCCGAGGAGCCCGGCAAGGUGUACGAGACGCCGCAGGAGGAGAUCGCCCGGCUGAGGAAGAUGGAGCUGGAGCCGCAGCACUACGAGGUGGACAUCAACAAGGAGCUGUCCACGCCAGACAAAGUCCUGAUCCCCGAGCGCUACGUGGAGCUGGAGCCAGAAUCGCCCCUGAGCCCUGAGGAGAUGAAGGAGAAGCAGAAGAAGGUGGAAAGGAUCAAGACUCUCAUUGCCAAAUCCAGCCUGCAGAACGUCAUCCCCCUGGGCGAGGGGGAGGUGGACGCCCCGCAGGACCCCGAGGUGCAGCUGCAGGAGCAGGAGAAGAGGAUCGAGAUCUCCUGUGCCCUGGCUGCCGAGGCCUCGCGCCGCGGCCGGAUGCUCUCGGCUCAGUGCGCCACCCCCAGCCCUCCCACCUCCCCAGCCUCCCCGACUCCACCGACCAACCCGCUGUCGUCCGAGCCGCCCCGGGCCGACAGCAGCCACCUCAUGCGGGUGUGAGCCUGUGACCUCAAGCCCUGGCAGCUGCUGGCGCCACCAAGUUCCACGGGGCCACGUUUUAGUCCCCUCCUGAGGUGACACCGAAGCUCUCGCCACCGUCCUCGGUUCUCCCGGACCCCCUUCCCUCCCUCCGGCGGCGACAGCAGCGGGAGAGGUGGCACCGACGGGAGGCACGUCCCAAGGAGACGGGCAGGGGGCUGGCAUUGUCCCCAAGGAGCCACCAGGGCUGUCAGUGGGCACAAGGACACACCCAGACAGUGGCCACAGGGACACACCUGGACAGCUGUGACAGCGGCCACCAGGACACAGCUGUGACAGCGGCCACCAGGGCACAACUGGACAACUGUGACAGUGGCCAUGGGGACACAGCUGUGACAGUGGCCACCAGGGCACAACCGGACAGCUGUGACAGCGGCCACAGGGAUAUAGCUGUGACAGUGGCCGGGACACACCUGGACAGCUGUGACAGUGGCCACCAGGGCACAACCGGACAGCUGUGACAGCGGCCACAGGGAUAUAGCUGUGACAGUGGCCGGGACACACCUGGACAGCUGUGACAGUGGCCACCAGGGCACAACCAGACAGUUGUGACAGCAGCCACUGGGACACAGCUGUGACAGCGGCCACAGGGACACAACUGUGACAGUGGCCAUAGGGACACAACCGGACAGCUGUGACAGCAGCCACUGGGACACAGCUGUGACAGCAGCCACAGGGACAAAACUGUGACAGUGGCCAUAGGGACACAGCUGUGACAGCAGCCACCAGGAUACACCUGGACAGCUGUGACAGCGGCCACUGGGGCACAACCGGACAGCUGUGACAGUGGCCAUCGGCCCCUGGUGAGCACAGGACUCCUGGGAUGGCCCCCAAGGUCUGUGAAGGGGCUCUUGGGGUGGGGACCCGCCUGUCCCCACCACGGAUGGUGCUGCCACCUCCCAGCGGACCUGGCUGCUCCCUCUGGGCUCCUCGGGCGCCGUUUCCCUUCCCUCAGCUCUGACCCUGAUUUUGGAACCCAUCUGUGUCCCCCCCGGUGGCUCAGCUGGAGGGAGAGGGGACAGGACAGAUGGAGGUGGCACUGGGGGGACACGGAGGUGCCCAGGGCUCUCCAAGCACGGAGCAGGAGCUCUGGGGGCAGAGCAGGGAAUUGGGGUGCCAGGUGGGAUAAUGGAGCUGUGGGGUCGGCAGGGACCCCUCUGGAGGGUGGGGACGGUGCUGAGGAGGGGUCUGGGGACAGAGGUGUCACCUGCUGUCACCCUCCAAAAAUCCCUUCCAGCGGCUCUCCAGCCCCUUCCAGCGGUUCAGAUUUCCUGUAGCAAAUCCCCCCUUUUCUUUAUCAUCCCGGAGAGUGGGAAAGAAGCAGAAUCCCUGGAAGGAUGUGAGCAUGGCAGGGGCCAGGAGCUGGAUCUCAAAUCCCAAAUCUCCAACCCCAAAUCCCAAUCCAUCCCUCCUGGCCCCAUCCCAAACCCCCAGGACCCUCCCUGCAUCCCAAUCCCAACUUAGCAAUACUUGUAGGACCCCUGGAGCCCUAAACUCCCAUCUGAGCCUCCCUCAGCCCCUUUAGCUCAUAAAGCUGGCCCUUUAUUUUGCUAUUUACAUGCCUUAAUAUAUGUUUGAUGGAAAUUCUACAUUUAUAAUAUAUAUCUAUAUUUGGUUUUUCCUCUUCUUUUCCCGGGAAAAAGCUCGUGCCGAGCACUCUCUUCUCCGCAGGAUUUGUUGGCGCCAGCCCCGCCAACAAAAAAAAAAAAGAAAAAAAAGAUUCUUUAUCAAUUUAUCAGAGGGGGAAGGAAAUUAAAAAAAAAUAAAAAACAAAACAAAAAAAACCAAAAAAAGAAGAAGAAAAAAAAAAGGAAAAAAACCUAUUUAAAAAAUAUAUCUAUUUUUUCUGCUUUUAUUAAAAGCAAAUUUAUUUAAAAUAAAAUAUACAGAGACUGUAAGUUUGAAGAGAGGAUGAGUUUAUUUCCCUGUGUCCCCUCUUGGGUCACUGGGGCAGACCCCCCCCUUACUCUGGGGACACCUUGGGGACAUCCUGAGGUGGCUGUGGGACAGCAAUUCCCAUCUCCAGGACCCAAAGCUCCCACCCCACCCUUCCCAAAGCCACCAGCUGCUGUCCCCAAAGUACGACCCGGCCGCGAUUUUAUUUUAUUUUAUUUAAAAAAAAAAAAUAAUAAAAAAAAAGGAAACCAAACCUUAAUCAAUUAAUUUUAUUUUGGUUAUUAUUUUUCAUAAACACUUCAUAAAGCAGUGACUUGUUAGCCCGGAAAGGAUUUGCAUCGGAGGGAAAGAAAUAAAUAAAUCUAUUUAUGCAUUCGGAGAGGGUGGGAUGGGAGGGCUUUGGUUUUCUGGGGUAUUUUCCUAGUGGUAGAGAAAUAAAAAUAUCUAUGAAACAA